AUGGAUAUGUCCGCGUUCGCCCAUCCACAGGCAGAGAGCGGUGGCCCGGUGGCCGCCAUCAGCACGACCGACGCGCAGGUCGAAGCGACGCACACCACGCUCCCGGUGACGUUGCGGCUCGACGACGACACGCUGAGCUCCGCACCGCCGCCGUACGUUGACUUGAGCGAGGCAGAAACGAAGGACCCGCAGCGGCUGGAGAUCAUCAAGCAGAUCCGGAAGGUAAACCACGAUGGCUCGUACACGGUCGGGUACGAGGCGGAGGACGGCACGUUCAAGAUCGAGAGCCGGGACGUGCUCGGCAACGUGAAGGGCACGUACGGGUACAUCGAUGCGAACGGCGACAUCAAGCGGGUGUCGUACGGGGCCGGGGCCCAGCAGCCGCCGCGGCGCCCGGACCCGGACGAGGACAUCGUGCACAUUCCGGUGCGCGCGAACCGCUCCCAGCACCUGCCGCCCCAGCACCAGCUACUCGUCCCGACCACGCGCCGCCCGUUCAACUAUCAGCCGCCGACGCAGCAGUACACGCUCCAGCACGGCAGCACGCUACGCCCGAGCGUCAUCCAGACGAUCCCCCGCAAGCGUCCCAACUACGUCCCCACCACGAGCACCACCACCAACAGCACGGCUGCGGCCGCGGCCGCGGCGGCUACGACGGCGGCGGCUACGAGUCCCAUGGUGGCGGCUCCGUCCACGACGGAGAUGCCGCAAACGACGGCGGCUCCGUCCACGACCAGCACCCGCAUCACGACGGCCGCCGUGGGUGAGGUUAGUGAGCAGUCGACGGCAUCCUCCACGCACACCGCUGCCACGCUGCUCCACACCAAACCGGCGGCCGGCGGCUUGUUAAUCAUUCGGCCGACGCCGCUCCCGUACCAGGCGGCUAAGACGGCCGAGCAGCUAGCCCGCCCCGAGCUGCGGCUCGAGAGCCCGCCCAAGUUCGCUACGCACCCAUCGAAGAAAACGGUUCGGGGUAACUUCUUCCGGCGGCAGCUAACUUCACCAGCCGCCACCACCAUCGCCGCCGGCGAGUCCGGUGAGCAGUACGAGGCGCAAGCGCAGCAGCAGCAACAGAUCACCUACGGUGGUGACGGUGGCGAGCUGUACGGUGGAGGAGCCCCACGCUCGCUGUACACCACGCACCCGACGACGCGCAUCCCGGCCGCCGUGCUGGCGGCUCGCCAGCGAGCCGCCCACCUCCAGAGCGUGCUGCAGGCGCAGGGCGAGCGGCUCCCGACGACCGAGCGGGUGUACGUGAGGCAGCCGCCGCGAGCACAGCCGCCCACGGACGCACCAGCCGCCCACCGGCACGAGCCGAGCCGCCUGGUCGCGUACGAGCCGUCGACCGAGUCGACGUCCGAGAACAGCUACGUCACGGACAGUCCGGCGCACGGCCAGUCGGUCGUGCAGAUACCGGGGGCGGCCGCCAGCGAAGGACCGGAACCGGAGGCCGAAGAGCGUCACCCGAUCCUGUUCCGGCCGCGGCCGAUCGAUUACCGGCCGCCGGGCCUGCACCGCUACCGCACCCCGUACGGGCUACCACCAGCAGCACCACCACCAUCCCCGGCGUCGUUCGCACGUGCCUUCCCCACUGGCCAAGAGCCGCCCACCGACAACGAACUCGGAGGCGGCCGAGAUAGUGGUCAGCCGCCGUACUUGUCGGCUUAUCGCCAGCAGCGGCGCCUACUGCUGCCGCAGCAGCCGCCGCCGUCCCAACAGCAGCAAAGCUCGUACCCCAUCCCGGUGCCGUACGGCGGCCGCCUGGCGCCCAGCCCCUACUACUACGACAUCCCGGCCGAGCGACCGCUGACGGCGCGCGACUUUGAGCGUAUCCUGCAGGUGUUGAUCUAUCGGCACCAGCAGCUGCAGCAGCAUCAGGCGGCCCUGCGCUACGGCGGCUACCAUCCGGGCGGCUUCCAGCACGGCGGCCGUGCGGGCUACAACCCAUACUUCCUCGAGCCGUCGGUCGCUCCGUUCGGGCUGCCGGGCGGCGGUUACCCACAGCAGCAGAUUCCCCGGCCACCGCUACCGUUCCCAUACGGGGCGGGACACCUCGGGCAGUACGACGGCUAUCAGAACCUGCUCUACAGCCCGUCCACAGGCGUCCGGUCCGAGGGGCCGCCGGAUGCCGCCGGCUACGGAUCCGCUAUUCGCCGCCAGGGCCAGUACUACGCCCAGCAGCAAGAGCCGUCGCCGAGUGGCCGCGCCGGGGGUGACUACUUGCCGCCCGAGGUGCGCGAAAGCCUGCUGUACCGGAUGUUGAUGCUCGCGAUGCAGGCACCCAGCUCGUCCGGCGAGCUGCUUCCACUGGCGGCGGCGGCGGCCGCCAGCCUCACGGGCGGCGGCUAUCCACUGCAGGGUUCCCCCUCGAUGACGACCGUGCGAGCCCAGACGCCGCCAGCGCGGGAGUUGGGUGGCUCGGCGGCAGCGGCAACCACCAUGGCUUCACUGUACAGCAAGAAACCGGUGCGUAGCGUACAAAUCCUCGGCGAGGAGUGA